AUGGACAGCGUCAGAACAUCGCCCAAUGCCCCGCUGGCUGCCAAGGCCGAAGAUGGCGACAACCGUCCCUCUGCGUUUCCCCGUUCAAGCUGGCAAGGCACCUCAUUUGGAUUUCCUCCCUUCGCUAAGGAUCGUGAUAAUGAGCAGCAAAUCCACUGGGCCUGUCGAAAGGCUAGCAAGUUGUGGGCCCACAUUGCCUCCAGUGCUCCCCAGACGGACUGGGCACAGCUCGGCAACCCAGGCUUCAAGUUGGCAAUUGUAGACAGGUUACGAUGCAUCCCCAACACUGUAUCGGAGUGGGUCACAAUUACCAACGGCUACGUUGAGGAGGUGUACGACGAGGCGGUUUUGGCCUUCGAGCAGGCGCUCAGCGGCGAAGAAUCCCCUCUCCAAAUGCCGUCCAGGCUCGAGGUGCUCAACUUCGCACGCAUUCUCAUCAACCACACCUUCAGGCGCACAGUCGAUUCGCGGCAGUACUUCACCUUCAGUGAACGCGGUUUCUUCGAUCCACUGUCCCUCGGAGACUUCGCGCAGAAGGAGGGCGAGGUCAAGGUCGUCACACGCACCGUCCAGUUCUGCAGUCCAAGGGAGGCACGCGCAAUCAUCAACACCAUGGCAGGGAGACACAACACCGCCACGUAUGAGCAGCGUGCUGACCGUGCCAGGAAGGUUUGGGCGGAGCGUUUCAAGGAGGACAAUCACGCCACUCAGCCAGUUGCAACGACCACGGGCCCCAAACUCGAACCGACCGCGGUGCUUCCUUCUGCGGCCGUUCUCCUUCCUGUGGUGACAGGACACUCCUCCCAGCAGACCUCUGCCCAAGGUGCCAUUACUACAUCUAUCCCAGAACCACGCGCUCACACCGUGCCGUCGUCGCCACUCGGCACACCCCUUGCACCCCAACCAAGGCACACCACGUCCAUGAACAGCCUCCGUACCCACGCUUUGGGCCAGGAGUCCUACUUCCAAGGUCCGAUCAGCCACGCUUACGAAGGUGUUGUUCGAAACGGAGCAGUGUCGGCGCCGAUAGUUUAA